CUGACAUGUCCAUCAGUUAUCCGUGGGAAAGUCCAUUGUGGUUGGCUGUUGGGUAGCUAUCUCUGUUGUGUGUCAAAUAUAGAAAAAGAAAAUGGCUCCCGUGCUUGUGUGCGAAUAAAAACAAUUAUUAACGCGGUUCUUGUGAUUAAACAUAUGAAAUUCUGUGUUAAAUGAGGAACAAGUACUGUGGAUUAACUGGUGAUCAAGUGUUUUGAUUGAUUUCAGCCCAAAUAUGACCGCAAACAUGUAUCGGGUCGGAGAUUAUGUCUAUUUUGAGACAUCGUCUUCAGCUCCGUAUCAAAUUCGUCGGAUUGAGGAGCUAAAUAAAACACCCUCAGGCAAUGUUGAGGCCAAAGUAAUGUGCUUCUAUCGACGAAGAGACUUACCAACCCCAUUAGUUCAACUUGCUGACAAACACCAGAUGGCAACUGCAGACGAUUCACCUGUAGCCAUGAAACUGAAAAAGAUGUGGCUGAAGACACCAGUUGGUGAGGAACAAGCAGCUCAAGCUGUCUUAGAUCCUGCUUUAGCUGCUCUUGAGGAGGAAAGGAGUACAGGUGGAAAUAGCCUAGGUGGUGAAAAAGGUGAAAAUUUCACACAAAAGCAACGGCACCAAAUGAAGCAUCGAGAAUUAUUUUUAUCACGACAAGUUGAAACACUUCCUGCCACACAUAUUAGAGGAAAAUGUUCGGUAACAUUGCUGAAUGAGACCGAAUCACUGCUAAGUUAUCUAAACAAAGACGACACCUUCUUCUAUUGUCUUGUGUUUGAUCCCACGCAAAAAACAUUGCUGGCGGAUAAGGGAGAAAUUCGCGUGGGUAGUCGAUAUCAAACAGAAGUGACGGCUCUGCUGAAGGAGGGUGAAUUGGACAGUAGGAAUUUGGAGGAGCUGGAAACACUCACUUGGACACCAACUCAUUCGCUGACGGAUAGGAAAAUAGAUCAAUUUCUCGUUGUAUCCAGAUCUGUUGGUACAUUUGCUCGUGCUCUUGAUUGCAGUAGCUCCGUUAAACAACCGUCCCUUCAUAUGUCAGCAGCGGCGGCUAGUCGUGAUGUUACAUUGUUUCAUGCCAUGGACACACUGCACAAACACAAUUACUCAAUUGAAACGGCCAUGUGUUCGCUGGUGCCAUCCAGUGGACCAGUUCUGUGUCGUGAUGAAAUGGAGGAAUGGAGUGCAUCGGAAGCGAAUUUAUUUGAAGAAGCCCUCGACAAGUAUGGAAAAGACUUCAAUGAUAUUCGAAAAGAUUUUCUGCCGUGGAAGACACUGAAGAAUAUUGUUGAGUAUUACUACAUGUGGAAGACGACGGAUCGCUAUGUGCAGCAGAAGCGCGUGAAAGCGGUAGAAGCUGAGUCAAAGCUGAAGCAAGUGUACAUUCCCAACUACACAAAACCCAAUCCAGCGGUGAUUAAUAAUACAAAGGGUGUUCUCAACGGAAGCUCCAACGGAAGCAGUGGCAACGAUGUACUAGCCUUGACCAGUGGUGCUACGAAUAAUGCCAGUAUUGGAGGUGGCAAAGCGUGUGAGUCCUGCCAGUGCAUAUCAUCAUCGCAGUGGUUCUCAUGGGGUCCAGCGCUUCUAAAUUGCCGCCUAUGCUUCAAUUGCUGGACAUACUGGAAGAAAUAUGGCGGCCUUAAAGUUGCAUCUCGCAUAGCUGAUAGUGAUAUUGAUGUGCUGAAGAAGCGCACAAAUAAUGACAUGGAAGAUGAACGAUUGAGUGAUUUAACCAAUAGACCACCCCAUCGGUGCUCCAUUGUCAAUUGUGGGAAGGAGUUUAAGUUGAAAGCCCAUCUUGCCAGACACUAUGCCCAGGCGCAUGGGAUUGCCAUACGGUCGGGCUCACCGCGGCCAAUUAUGAAGACACGAACGGCUUUCUUUCUCUAUACAACGGCCGCUACGCGACUCUCUCGCAAAAUCUGCAGAAAUCUCAUAAGGCCGAGAAGGGCGGCCAGACAGCCCUCGUUCGCCAUCAAUUUCCAGGCCGUCAAGCAGGAAUUUUCUCUGGCAAUUGCUGGAAAGACUCUGCCGGAGAUAAAGGCAAUGCUGGUGUACAGGAAGAAGGACCGAGGAAGUGUAACGCAUAUUGCAAAUCGUUUGGGCAAUCCGGGAACAACGGUGGGUGAAUGGUUGAUUCUGACACCGAAAGAAAAUAUGCCAAAACCCGAAGUGGUGGCAUUCCCAAAGCCACCAAAGCCACCAGAUGGUAGUUUGCUGUACGAUCGAAUACCCAAUAAACCUGAGGCUGAGAAAAUACCACUGAACACAGCAGCAUCACCGUCACUCAAGAGGCGUGCUUACGAUGAAGUUAAUGGAAUCGAUACUCCUCCUGUAGUUGGACCACCAACAAAAAGGCCUAACAAGGAUCCAGCACCAUCCCAUCGACCUACCCAGGAGCAAUAUGCAGCUAUGAUGGCUGCUGCAGCUGCUGCUGGUCAACCACUUCCUCGUCACCAUCUGAAUGGGAAGCCCAAAAUUGCUCAAAUGACGCGAACGGGUUCGGGACGGAAGCAGGUCAUCAGUUGGAUGGAUGCACCUGAUGAUGUCUACUUCCGAGCGACAGAUUCAAGCAAACGAGCGAGACGAGGACUAACCUUGGCUGAAUUGAGGCGAGCCGCCAGGAAACCAUGGAGGAGUCUCCAGGUAAAAACAACGAUCAAUAUGAAUCCGACAAUUCCACCAAUUGCCACUCCACAACCAGGCAGUGAUCUUCAGGUUGUGAUACUUGACUGACCAGAACCCCAGCCGCAUCCGUACACAAUGGAAGCUCUGCUCAAUUAAAAAAAAACACAUACACUUAAAAUAAAAAAAAUAGAUUUCAUUGAGAAUGGAAGGGAAGAAAUUUUAAGGAAUGAAAAGAAUUUUAGA